CUACUCUUCCCAUCUUCUACACACCAAUGGCACCAAAACUUUUCCACUUCCUCCCUCUCCUCAUCCUAAACCUCUUCAUCCAAAAAACUUCAGCCCAAGUAGCACUAGCCCCAUCAGGACCCACCAACAUAACCCAAGUCCUAGAGAAAGCAGGCCAAUUCACAACCUUCAUCAAGCUCCUCAAAGCCACACAAGUUUCUGACCGAAUCAAUUCACAGCUCAACAACUCAAACCAAGGCCUAACAAUCUUUGCUCCCACGGAUAACGCAUUCUCCAGCCUAAAAGCAGGGACACUAAACUCCAUAAACUCACAAGACCAAAUGCAGUUGGUGCAGUUCCACAUUCUCCCCACUCUCUACACCGUAACACAGUUCCAAACCGCGAGUAACCCUUUGCACACACAAGCUGGGAACAGUGACGACGGAGAGUACCCUCUAAAUGUCACCACUUCGGGGAACCAAGUGAAUGUCACAACUGGGGUGGUUGACACAACAGUUUCCAACACUAUCUUCAGUGAUAACCAGCUUGCGGUGUAUCAGGUUGAUAAGGUGCUUCUUCCCAUGGCAAUUUUUGGGUCGUCGGCGCCGGCAUCUGCGCCGGCGGAGGCUCCGGCGCCGACCAAGCCGGAGAAAAAUGUCCGCGCGGCUGAUUCUCCGACAGGGUCGUCGGAUUCAUCGGUUGAUGCUUCGAGUGCGGUGAGUUUGAGUGGGGAGACAGUUAAAGGUGUUACCUUUGCCGUGGCAGUCGUUGUUUCUUGUUUGUGGAUUUAGUGUGUCUUACGAUGACAUCUUUUUGGCCUGCGUUUUGUUCUUGUUUUUCUUAUUCUUUUGUGAGUUUGCAAUUAAUUUGCAUGAUGGUGGAGAUCUCGUGUACUUUUUUGUGACCGCACACUGCAAAGUUCAAAUUUUGGGUUCAAUGUAAAAUGUAAAUGAUGUUUUCUUUUC